GAAUUUUUCGACUUUAAAAAUCGCGGCGACACACACAUGCACACUAAAGUGACAAAAAGUGAUUUAAAAAUAUGAGCUUGCGAAUGUGAAAUUAAGAAGUGUGACUUUCCUCAAUUGACAAUGAUGCCGAAGCAUAAUAAACUUGAAUAAACCGUUUUUCGUUCGAAACUGCGAAAGAGUUGUACUGUUAGUUUUUGGUCGUACUUUUUCGCCGAAAUGCAACGGAUUCUAAGGAAAAAGAAAAAGAACGGUAAACUAGUAAAGUCGAAAGCUUGCACAGAUCUGCGUUUAUCGGUAAAAGACAGCCGGCAUAUAACUCAGGAACUAAGAUAUAAAAACAACAAGAAAAAGUAAAAUCCAGAUAAACCUUAACGCAAUGGCUCUUCCUCCCUACUGUAUAAUGGAGGACCAAUUUUUUGCAAAUAUGUCAAUAUUCGAUAUGGAUAAUGAUCAUGAUCUGUACGAUAUGGACAAAUUCCCGCUAUCGUCCACCAUCCAGAGUGAUCUGGAGAAGAUCGGUGACAUGGAUGGGGCAUUUCAGGAUUAUGACUUUGAGGAGGAUAUGAAGCCAGAGAUUCGCAACAUAGACUGCAUGUGGCCGGCGAUGUCCAGUUGUUUGACCAGCGGCAAUGCGAAUGCAAUGGAAACCGGAAACAACAGUGCAGCCUCAUCGUACAGCGAAACCAGUGCCGUGUCCUUGGCCCUGGUUUCCGGCUCUACGAAUCUCUACAGCGCGUAUCAGCGAUCAACGCAGCCAACAGAUAACACAAACAGCCAGUCAAAUCAACAACAGGCCGGUGGUGCCGCCGCCAGUCCCGAUAGCAACAUGCCCAUGAUCAUCAAGAAGGAGCACGCCGAUCUGGACUACAUGGUGGCCAGCCAGAAGCGUCAGCGUUUAUGCAGCGGCGACAAGAAGUCACAGGUCCAGGUCCAGGACGAGGUCCAUUUAAUACCGCCCGGCGGAAGUUUGCUCCGCAAGCGGAACAACCAGACACAACUGGACACCCACACCCGGAAGGCGGGCGAGGUGAGCGGCGAUAGCAUCAAAUACCUGAGACCCGACACACCGCACAGUCUCACCGACGAGGUGGCCGCCCCAGAGUUUAGACACAGCGUCGAUUUGCGUGCCUGCGUGAUGGGCAGCAAUAACAUUUCGCUGACCAGCGAUGAUAGCAGCGAUGUUAACUACAUUAAGCAAAUCAGCAGGGAUCUGCAGAAUGCAGCCGGCAAGGAUCCGUUGCCCGUGCGCUACAUACCGCCGAUCAGCGAUGUCCUCGAUGUGCUCAACCAGCAUUCCAAUUCGACGGGUGGUGGUGGUCUCCAGCAGCAGAUGAACCAACAGCAGUUGGAUGAGCAACAGCAGGCCAUCGAUAUAGCCACCGGUUGCAGUACAGUGGGCUCUCCGCCGACCACCGGCUCCGAUAGUGAUUCCGAUGACGGUGAAUCGCACAACUUUGGACUGCGGCACCAUCGCAGCAGCAAGAGCAGCAACACCAACGCCAACGCCAUCGUCAUCGCCAGCAGCAACAACAACAACAGCAACAGCAGUAACAACAACAACAGCAGCAGCAGCAACGGCAUGCUGCACAUGAUGCACAUCACCGAUCACAGCUACACACGCUGCAACGAUAUGGUGGACGAUGGGCCCAAUCUGGAGACCCCCUCGGAUUCCGAUGAGGAAAUCGAUGUGGUUUCGUAUACGGACAAGAAGCUGCCCACGAAUCCAUCGUGCCACGUGAUGGGCGCCCUACAGUUCCAGAUGGCGCACAAGAUCUCGAUUGAUCACAUGAAGCAAAAGCCCCGCUAUGGCAACUUCAAUCUGCCGUACACGCCGGCCAGCAGCAGUCCGGUUAAGUCGGUGGCCAACUCGCGCUAUCCGUCGCCUUCGAGCACACCGUACCAGAACUGCUCCUCCGCCGCCUCGCCGUCCUAUUCGCCGCUAUUCGUGGACUCGUCAAAUGUCAGCUCGAGCAGCUCCAGUUCCAGUUCGCAGUCAAGCUUCACCACGACCUCCUCCGCUUCCAACAAGGGACGCAAGCGAUCCUGCCUGAAGGCCCCUGGUGGAGGCUUGUUGAUCUCCCCCGGCGUCUAUCUGCCGGGAGGCAAUGGCAAAGUGACGCAUAACUCCAUGAUUAGCAAAAAGAGUCGCGGCAAGAAGGUGGUGGGCUCGUCGGCUUCAUCGGCCUCCUCGACUGGCAACACAUCUCCGAUAUUGCCUGGCCAGGAUGUGGACCCAAUGGAUCGCAAUUGGCUGCGGCGUAGUGGCGGAAUCGCCGCUAGCACAAGCUCCCAGAGCAGUGUACUCCGGAAGGACUUUGUUUUGGGCCUGGACGAGGCCGAGACGAUCGAGAAGCGCAAUCAGCACAAUGAUAUGGAGCGCCAGCGCCGCAUUGGCCUGAAGAACCUCUUUGAGGCUCUAAAGAAACAGAUACCCACGAUCAGGGAUAAGGAGCGGGCUCCCAAGGUCAAUAUCCUGCGGGAGGCGGCCAAGCUGUGCACCCAGCUGACCCAGGAGGAGCACGAGCUCAGUCUGCAGCGCCAGGUCUUGGCCAUGCAGCUCAAGCAGCAGCAGGAGCUACUGGCCCGUUACAAGCUGGAAUUGACCGAGUCGCAAUCGGUUAGUGGAUAGUGUUGUCUCAUACCAUCUGCUUAAAGCGGCGGCGUAGAGCUAGGACACCCCAUUGUAUAUACAGGAUCUGUAUACCCUCCUAUUUUUUGCGAUUUACUUUUGAUUAAGCUUCGGAUCCUUUCUUGACAUUAAGCCUUAAAUAUGCUUCUUUUUUUAUUAUUAUUAUUUUGUGGAGAGCUUCAAUAUCAGUUAGUAGGUUAUGUUUAACGAUUUGCUUGCAUUUUUUUUUUAAAUUUUAUUUUUUAUCUUUUACCAUACAAGGGGUUAGAGUGUACAAGUGAUUUAACAAAUUUGAUUUCUUCAAUGUGAUAUAUAUAUGAUUUUCUUUCCGCGCGAUUUGAUUUGGUAGGGAAGUCAACGAAAACUGUUAUGAAAUCGAGUUGAAGUGUUUUUUUUUUUUCGCUGCAUAUAUUACAAUAUACACGUAUGAUUAGAUUUAACUAGCAACUAGCGGCCUGUAAAUAACAUAUGAUAUAGAUUAUCUUAGUUUUUUUUUUAAUUAGUUACUUAACCAUGAAGUAAACAAAAAGGAAAACAUUUAGAAAACACAAAAAAUAAGGACAAAGAACCAAACAUUGAAAAGUGAAAGGAAAGGAAAGUUAGAAUGAGAGACCGAGCGAAGAAACACAAACAAACUGAAGGGAAACACAAAACGGAAACGGAAAACAGACAAAAGUUACAACGAAAGAGCCACAAAGAGGAGAUAGAGCACACAAAGUCGGAAGCGAGAACGAUGAGAUAUAUAUGGGUAUCUAUAUAUAUUUAUAUAGAAAUUAGUAUAGCCUAAAGUAGAACUUUUGGUUUCGUACCCCAAAAGCAAAAUGCGAAAUGAGCCGGCUUCAAAUAGUUCCAAACUUCUUGACGAAGCAACACGGAACACACUUUAUUUCGACCUUGGUUCGCUAGUUUACCUAGAAAUUAUCUAUAAAACAAUGGACAUGUUUUUGGGUCCUAUAUUCUUAGAGACGCAUCCUUGGAGCAGAAAAGAAACCCAAAUGUAUCUGCAUGCAUACACACCUCAAUGCUUUUGCUUAGACCCCCCAGAUAUCCCCUGCUAUAACCCAUAUAUAUAUAUGUUUAUAUAUGUAUAUAUUUAUAUAUGUAUAUGGUUUAUGAGUUAUAGAUCUGUUGGACAACGCGGAUAUGAAAGAGAAACGCUUUUUUUAUAUACACCCCAAAACAAAAAACUUGAACUCUACUGCCUAUAUUGAGAAAAUACAUUUUAUUUGCUAUGAAGAUUCAAAUAUGAAUAUAGUUAUAUAUACGUGUGUAUAUAUAGGAACCUUUAUACAAUCAUAUUAUCUUUUUUUUUGCUACACUUAGGUAUAUAUACAUAUAUAUCUAUAUAUAUAUUUUUUUUAACUGAUAACUAUGCAUAUGAAAUGCGCGAAACUUAACGAAAACAGAACGGAAUUAAGAAAACUUUAAACUAUAUAAUAGUGCUAAGCCUAAACGUUAGCCGCUCGAGAUAUAUAGAUAGAUAGAAAGAGAGAGAGGGAGAGAGAGAGAGAGAGAGGAGAGAGGACGAAAGUGUGGAGAAAUUGGCUGCAAAGUUUGUGAUUGGAGUUAAGAGAGACCCAGAGAGAUAUAUACACCCACGACCCAAGACCCAAGAAAACUCAAACUUUUGUGAGCUGUUUAACUGUCGAUUUUUUGCUAAUAAGUUAUAGCCUUCCGGCAAUAUGUUAUAUAUGAUUAACGAUUCUACCAAUUGUUUACACGCAUCUACUAAGUAUCAACUAAAUAACUACUACUAAAUUAAAGGACAUGAAGCAUAGGGCAAAUGCGAAUGCAAAUGCAAAUGAAGUUAAAAGAGCAUGCGAAAUAUGUAGGAAAACACGAACGGGAUUCUAAAGAAAUGUCAACUGUUAUUUAGGUUUAGACACAAAAACACCCAUGAUAUAUAUAUGGAUAUUCGAUUAAUAUAUAUGAUGACCAGAAUUUGAAUGAGAUCGGGGCAGGUUAUAUAGGUAUAGGUAUAUACACACACACACACAUUUAUAUAUAUAUAUAUAAAGAGAAAAUUUCUAUAGUCUAUAGGGCGACGUUUAAAGAAAUUUUUUAUGUGAGUUCUAGGCUAAUACCUAAUAUACCUAUACCCAGAUAUACAUAUAUAUUUCAUAUAUUUUUGUUUACUACUAGCUUAACGUUCGAACACAUGAAAUAUUUUUUACCAUAUACUUUUCAUUUAUUACGCCGCCGCAAAAACUUUGAAAAACUACCUACUUAACUCUUAAUUUUUGGAAUAUAAAAACUACUAUUAAACAAUUGUUAAAUGGAAAAGCAAAACACAAAAAAAAUUGAUAUAUAAUUACGUGGACAAACAAUUAAAGAGUAUAUUUUUUGUAUUGUUUCGACCAAAAAAUGUGUACACACUGUAAAUAGCAAUCUCGUUAAAUAAUAGUUACACACGCCUACAAAAUAGCGAACCCAAAACCCAAGAAAUGGAAUUAUUUUUAUAGAAAACACAAAAAAACCCGGAGAGAAAACACAAAGCAAUAGACUUAAGCGAAUUGUACAACGCGAAACGAAAAACAAAACUUCAAUAAACCAACAAAAACACA